AUGGGGAACAAUGCAGGACAAACAUUGUACUGCAGGGUUAACAACCACAUGGGACAGGAAGAACAGACUUUAAAUCACAGUUGGCAGGCAAUCCACAAUUGGCUGCAAACAUUUGGACCAUCUAAAACUGACUGGAGUAAAAAACCUGCAUGUCAACAGAAUGGAAGUGAAGAUGUUAAAAACUUUGCAGAAAGAUUUGUUGAUGUCUGGAUCAAGCUUCCUGGUCUAGCUCCUAAUAACAAUCCAGAGAAAGAGGACGAAAUUUGGUCCGAGUGUCAGCAGCUUGAGGAGAUUCCCCUAAAGGUGUUCACGACAUCAUUCCCGGCAAGUGGGUCUACGUUAAGAAAAUACACAAAGAACCGUUGGGUGCCAAGUGGGAAGAGUGCUGCCAAUCCAGCAGUGAACAGAAAUGAUGAAAAUGUGAAGAGAGGUAACUGGUCCUCGAAGACUGACUACUUGCUCUCGAUGAUUGGCUGUGCUGUGGGUCUAGGCAAUGUCUGGAGAUUCCCUUUCCUGGCUUACAAAAAUGGAGGAGGUGUAUUUCUUAUUCCCUACUCAAUCAUGCUGGGUCUUGUUGGGAUACCAAUAUUUUUCUUGGAAUCUUCCUUUGGACAGUUUGCCAGCCUCGGGCCUGUUGCAGUGUGGAAAUCUGUACCAAUGUUACAAGGUGUUGGAGUCACCAUGGUCCUUCUGAUCGUAAUUGCCAACAUUUCCUAUGCCUGCAUUAUUGGUUACAGUCUCUACUACCUGUUUGCUUCCUUCCAAUCACCCCUACCAUGGGCAGACUGCUUCAGUUGGUGGGGAGCAGAUGAAACAUGCAGCAGGACUCCCAAAGAUCCAUUUUGCAAUCUUACUCUGGACGAUGGAUAUUUUGAAGUCAUUAAUACAACAUGGCUGCAGACGUAUAAUAACACUUGCCUAAUUGGAUCAGAAAUCUCCAUUCCUCACCAGGGUCCGAGUGAGCAAUACUGGGAUCAAGCAGUUUUACACCGUACAAGUUCAUUGGAUGAGACUGGGGAGAUAGUCUGGCAUUUAGCCCUCUGUCUGCUUCUAGCCUGGCUGAUGGUUGGGGCAGCAUUUUUGAAAGGAAUCAAAUCUUCAGGAAAGGUUGUUUAUUUCACUGCAAUUAUCCCGUAUGUGGUUCUGACGAUACUCCUGAUCCGAGGGGUUACCCUGGAGGGAGCCUCUAAAGGAAUUGAAUUCUACAUCGGAAGCCAGUCAGACUUCUCCAAACUGGCUGAUGCUCAGGUCUGGAAAGAUGCUGCAACACAAAUUUUCUACUCGACAUCAGUGGGUUGGGGCAGUUUAAUCACAUUGUCAUCCUACAACAAAUUCCACAACAACUGUUACCAAGAUACCAUCAUUGUCUGUGUUGUUAAUUGUGCUACGAGUGUGUUUGCGGGAUUUAUCAUCUUCUCCACUCUUGGACACAUGACUCAUGUGCAAAACAAGCCCGUUUCAGAGGUUGCACAGUCAGGGUUUGGUUUGGCCUUUAUUGCCUACCCAGAGGCCCUUGCACAGUUGCCAUGGGCAACUUUAUGGUCCAUUUUAUUUUUCUUCAUGCUAAUCACUUUGGGACUUGACACACUCUUUGCAAGUUUUGAAACAGUAAUAACAAGCCUGCUGGACCAGUUUCCUGAGUUCCUUAGGCCAAAGCGUCUUUAUCUGACAGCUGGUCUUUGUUUGUUAUUUUAUUUCCUUGGCCUUCUGUUUGUAACACAGGCUGGGAUUUAUUGGUUACAUUUAAUGGAUUAUUUCUGUACUGGAUGGAUUCUCAUUGUAGUUGCUCUGUUGGAACUCAUUGGUCUCAGCUGGAUCUAUGGGAUAAACAGAUUCAUCAAGGACAUUGAGAUGAUGAUUGGGAAAAGGAAUUGGCUUUUCUGGCUCUGGUGGAGAGCUUGUUGGAUUCUGAUCUCUCCGUGCAUUUUAACCGCAAUCUUAGUCUGGUCCUUAACAACAUUUGCCCUUCCAACAUAUGGACCAGUUGAAUACUCUGUCUGGUCAAUAGCGCUGGGCUGGUGUAUGAUCAUCUUGUGUAUUAUGUGGGUACCCAUAAUAGCCGUGGUGAGAGUUGUCCAAGCUGAGGUCUUUCAAGAUGACGCUGAAUGUGGUGACACAUUGCAUUUUGCACAAGAGAAUACACUUUUUGUUGUAUUUUUAUAUGCAAUCAUCACUCUUCCAAACCCACUGGUGUUUGUGAUUCAGCCAAAAGAUCAUGCACCUAGCAAAGCUUCUAAUGAUCCAGCCAGAUGGCUAAGCUGA